AUGCGAGUGGAGAACAUGGACCGUGAUUGGAAAGAUGGUGUCAUGUUCAAUGCGUUAGUUCACAGAUGGAAACCAGAUGUGGUGGACAUGGAAAAAGUGCGGGCAACUGAACCGCGAGAGAAUCUGGAAAAUGCAUUUGAAUUGGCUCACAAACAUUUGGGCAUUAGUAAACUGUUGGAGAUUGAUGAUGUACUGUGUGCGAAGCCGGACAAACGUUCCAUCAUUACUUACGUUUCACAAUUUGUCCGAACUUAUGGAAAGCCUGCUCCUGUCGAGGAGCACAAUGUGCACACAGAAUUUCUGGAAUGGCUUGCUUUCACAAGCCAAUUGGAUCUGAGAAACAACGAACAAGGGCUAUGA